UAUUAAUUAUCGCAGACGUAAACAACAUUCCGCACUAUACUGUCACCCCUCCCCUGCGUGCGGCACAGGCUGGGCACAGGUGCACCAGAAAUCGCGGUUUCGUAGAGGUUCGCGUCAUGUCGUUCGGUUCGUAAUCGAACGCAUGCGGGGACUCGCGGAAUCAGCGAUUCAGCGAAUCGACAUCCGAGAAUCAUCGUGAACGAAACGAACCGCUUAAUGUCAAAUGUGCAAUGUUUGCGGAGUAGUGGUAUAACUUCACAGAGUGCGGGAUUGUCUUUGACAAUAUGAGAGUGAUAUGGCAAGUAGGCCCAUGUCAAAGGUUAAUUCAUUCAGUUUCACAAUGCCGAUGUAGUGUAUAUUUAACUUAUUGAAAUACAGUAUGAAAAGUUGAGAAAAAAUAUUAUUUAUUGUCAUAUAAUUGCAUUUGUGGCAGACCAUGGGUAUGAAGAUCUAUAUUUAAUCAUGGGGCAAAGCUCUAGUGCCCCUAUUGGAGCACGAGGUGGUCGCAGGAAAUCCUUAAGAGAUACUUGGCGAUCCCCAUUCCCCCGGCGAUCACAGACCCACCAAGGAGCAUUAAGUGCUACGUUUCAUUUUGUUGAUGAUGAUAAGCAUGUAGAACAGCUAAAUGUAAAUACAGCGAGUGAAGAGGAGCUAAUGACCUUGCCUGGUAUAACCCGCUCUGUAGCCCAAAGUAUUGUUGAAUAUCGUCAGGUUAUUGGUGGAUUUAGGAAGGUUGAAGACUUGGCAUUAGUCUCAGGUAUAGGAGCAGAAAAAUUGGACCUGAUCAGACCUGAGAUAUGUGUUCGCCGUAGAAAUGCAAGUUGCACUUCAUCUAGAGCUCCCUCCUGUGAUAGUUUACCUAAUUCUGAAGUAGGGUCUGGACGCUUGGGUGGCAGUGGUAAAGUAGUCAAUGUUAAUACAGGAAAUGUCUUUGAUCUAAUGUUACUUCAUGGAAUGACACAGGAAUUAGCUGCCAAUGUAGUCCAUCAUCGAGAAAGACGAGGACCUUUUCGUACCAUUGAUGAUUUGCUCAAAGUAAAGGGCAUUACUCCACUAAGGCUAAGUGCAUUACGGUCUCAGUUGUGUGUUACAAGUAAUGAAGAACCUGUCUCUAGAAACGGACUUGCAAUUAAUCAUGUUUCUAAUGGAAAAAUUCCAGUACAUCGAAAAGCCUUACCUGGUACUAUAAGACCUCCAGCACUCACAAAUGGCUGUGUAGCAGUGGAUGACAUUUUUGAGUUAUUAUCUGCUAAAUCUCUGAGACCAGUUGUAGAUGAUGACUUUCAAUAUAAGCGAGCUGGUCGUCCAGCUGCACGUCUCGCUUCGUGGAAUUUACAGGAAUUGUCGCAAGAAAAAGUAGAAAAUCCUGGAGUACGAGAAGUGGUGUGCAGAACACUCCUUGAAAAUCGGUUCUCAGUACUGGCGGUACAGGAGGUGCAGGAUGGUUUAGCUCUUAGCAAGUUAUGUGGGGAACUUAACUCACCAUCUCUAAGGAGGGUAGCUGAUUGGCGUGGAAACAGUCGUCAGUGGAAAAUAGCUUUGCCAAAUGAUCAUGCAGGACUGGGAUUCUUGUUUGAUGCCGGCCAAGGAGUGCAGCUAUCUUUACUUCAAACUUUGCAGUUGACAAAUAAUGAAUAUGGCUUGGCUGCCCUAUUAGCUACUUUUCAGGUGGAUGAAUUGUACAUUGCUCUUGUUAAUGUACAUGCUAAAGACUGCAAUGCGGAAAGCAUUCGAAGACUUGAGCAGGCUGUGAAAACACAAAUGAAACCUUGUGAUCCUCUCCUGAUCCUUGGUGAUUUCACUGGAACAACACCAAGUCGAGAAUUGGAUGAGCUGCAAUCGGGUCUUCAGUAUAGACCAGUUGUCCCGGUUGCCAUGAGCACUUUGAAUUCAGACACAAACUCCACAAAUAAUAUCACUGAUAACAUUUUUCUGAAUGCAGAGGCUCAGCUUCAAUUUACAGGUAUUUGGGGUGUUGUGCAGCAGGGUCUAACUCACCUAGCCAUCCCUCAAGGUUGGAUGUGGGGAGGUGCUGUCAGUAUUCAUUGCCCUGUUUGGUGUGAAUUGUUUACACAUUCAAUUUUGGCAGAGGGAGGUAAUGCAGAUGGCUGUGAAUAACAUUAAAACACCCUUAUGAAUAGAUGUCUCUCCUCUUAUCUGUGGUACCACCAUCUGUGUUCCAGCCCACAUAAAAUUCUUAAAUCAAAUAGUUCUGUAUUUUUGAAUUUGAACUCUAUUCAUUUUCUCCUAUUCAUAUUAUAAUAAUGUGGUGGUAAUUGUUAUUAAUGUGUUAGUACUAUUCGUUUCAAAAUUGUAACUUGCAUAUGAAUAUCUAACAUAGGCAGUAAUUCUACGUUUUCAACGGUUUCAAGCAUUUGAAAUGAAGGUUAAAGUCAUAAUGCCACAGAUAUGAAUGAGAGUACUUCUAAAUUAUCCUAUGUGACUGUUGAGAUUAAAACUCCUUUCCCUACCAUGUAGGCAUCCCUACCUGUGUUAUUAAUGGUGUUUCAUGUCUGUCUUCCUGACUUCUUCUUCCAUAUCUACUUAUUGCUGAACACAUGUGCAGCAAAGUAAUUUCUGUGAUUUAUGCCAAAGAGCAUAAUAGAAGUAUUUUUUCCUCCCUGUUAAGAAGCAUUUUAAUUUUUGUAUAUUUCUAUCGGUUCUCUACUUCCUUCUACAAAAUACCGCACUUUUAACUUGUACAACUAUUCUUAUAAUUUUAUGAAAGUUCGUGUAAGUUAGUGAAUCGUCAAAAACAAGCCAUUGACUGACGGACAAUCAUGUUAAUGAUGUGCUUGUAUUUUCUCUAUCAUUGAGGAGGUUGUUAUUUCUUCUCAUGUAUUUAUGGUACAUAUUGUAUAUAUGAUGACUAUUUAUGGUUCAUUUGUCCAGAACUAUGUAACAAAUUAUUUCAUGGGACAAUUGAAGCAAAUCAGGUGCUGGUAACUUGCUCUUGCUUCAAAAUAGAUGUAGUCUUUCAAGUUUCUUCCAUGUUGUAUUAUGUAAAUAUUUAAACAUGUCAUGUGAAAACCUUGUAGUUAUUGACAUAUCAAAUGUUUUGUAAUUUUUGAGUUUAAGUAUGUACAGAUUACCUGAUACUCAUUUUUUAAAUAUGUACAGGAGUCUUCAUCUGUUAUUCUCGAGGUAAAUAUUGAAUUGUCACAAUGAUUCUCCUCAAUUUCUUGUUAAAACAAGUACAGUAACUAAUAAAUUUUUUUAAAAAUUUUGAUUUGUAAAUAGUAUAUUGUUACUUGUAAAGUAGGAAAAUAUUGUUAUUUGUGCAGUGUGGUUGAGACCUGUGAUAUGACUUGUGAUUUAACUUAAACUGUCAAAGAAAAAAUUGUAUAUUUGUUCUUAUGAAAUUACAUCAGAAUAGAAAAUUCAUGUUAUUUUCAGAGAGAAAGGAAUAUUUGGCAUCACUAUAUUAGUGGGGGAUUUUUUUUUCUUCCUUCCAAUAAACAGUGGUCCAAAUUAGGAGAUAUUCUUACAAAUUCUUAGGUUGUUUUGUAAACCAGAGACACAGUGAUUUAAUGCAUGCUUACAUAAACAAUAAAAAUAUUAUGAACAGCAAAGAAUCAAAAUUUUCGAAGUAGAAAAAAGGAAAGAGGGGAGAGGUUCAGUGAAACUUUUUAUUUAAGAAAACAAUAUGUCUGACCCUUCGUCUAAUUCAGACCCUUUGCCCACACCAAUACAUGUGUUUGGUUAACACAAGAGAGAUACACUUCUUGUAGAUCAUAGGAUUUUCCCCUCUCUGCCUCUCCACUCCCUCCGGAAGGAGUUAAAAAGGGAACUUUUAACAUUAAUAUAACUUAAAAAAUUUAUAAUAUUCAACAAACUCACAGAAAUUUUUAUUUUUGUAACAAAAAAGUAUUGUAUGAGAACUUGAAAAGGACCCUGGUAUCAUUUUUUAAUACACACAACAUUCCGGAGGCAUUACUUUCCUGGUACACCUGAAUGUCAGAAUUAAAGCUCCGCGAACUAUUGAUUAAUUUCAACCCUCCUGCCACCUGGGUCGAAUUGUUAUUCAUAAUUGAAUUACCUCCGCAAUGGGAAUACUCCAAGAACAUUCCUAGUUUUCUGUUGCUAUCACAUUUAUUGACUGGGUUCAAAAGCUUGCCAAGGUGGACAUUUUGCGAAGAAAUGAAACCACAAAGUUUUAAAACACAUAGCAACCACCAAUUAUCUGGAGAGUUCACAAUCUGUUCCAUAUGAUAGAGGGCCCUGUGGGGGUGAUGGGUGGUGGCAUUUAAAGAUUGAACCGCUUCCUGAAGCUUUUCAAAUAAGCCCUCAACCACCUCUCGUUUGUCUGGAGGCUUCACCUUCGGGACCAACUGUUAGGUGCGUAGCUUUUUACCUAUCUAAACAAUUUUGUAAGAAAAAUGCAUUGUAAAUUUACUUUCAUAGCGAUGAUAAUAUAAUAAUGAUAAAUGCAACUCCACUUUAACGUUUUUCGAUGAUUAAUGAUGUUUCUUAUCGAUUGUUGGAGACUAACACACUUCCACUCAGGAGUGCCCAGAAAAAGGAGGGGUUGCUGAGCCCCGUCAUAAUUGUGGCCCCAAAUUGUUUUCUUUAAAAAAAUGUUUUUGCGUAUAAUUCACAAUAUAUGUCGCUGUAAGUUAUGUCUAGUGCUCAGAGAAAUUAAAUCUGUUAAUGUAUGAAGGGGGCGUAACUUUCAAUUGAAAUAAAGGGUCUCCGCGGAUCUACUCUCCUAGGCCUCUUCACUCAGGGCGCCCCUGCUCCCACCAUCUGUCAGCUGUUGUUCCCCAGUCUUGCUAGGUUCCGUUUACGGGUUUUGGAGGUUUUAUUCGUCUGUAUUUAUUAUGUAGUAUAGAGAAAGUUUUGUAAUUCUGCUGCAAAAAGCAGCGAUUUUCGACCAGGAAACACGUUUCGAGAAAAGUUAUGUUGCUCCCUGGAAUUACAAUGGUGAUAAUUCUUGUGUAUGAGAGAAAGUAAUGAUACUAAUAAUAAUUAUUAUUAUUAUUGUAAUAAAUGACUUCUUUUAACGCGUUGUGUAGUCAGAAUCCAUAUUUUGUGGGUCCUUGAUUCUGAAAAAUAGGUUAAGGUGGAUUUUUUCUCUUAAUUUUUUUUUGUAACAUUCUACAACAAUGUGUGAAUAAUUAGCCGGACGAGGAAGGAAUAGUGACAAGAAGAAUUAUUGCUGCUUUGAAUUGAACAGUGGAAAGCUGUUUUACAAUAGUCUAAAAAACUGAUGUUUGUGUUUUAGAUAUGUUAACCCGUUCACAGAACCCGCGGACUUAUAAAGGAAAUUGGCUUACUCUAUCUCUUGGACACGCAUUGCUAUUUAAUCAAAGAGCAAUCAGGAGUGAAUAUCUCCAUCUCCACCUUAUGUACCCUAAGUUAGUAUUUCGCGACAUCUCACCAAACGUUCCCAUUUGUUUUCGAGUUAAUAAGAAUAGUUUUAUUUGGGAAAAUUGAAAACUUUUUAUACUUCAUCAUGAGCUUUUUAGUACUGUAAUUUUACUUUCUGUACCAAUGUAGCAAGUUGAAAACAUUCAAUAAGACGCAUUAUUUGGAUUGAGUAUACUUGCAUCACAAUCAUCACCACUUGAAAUCAAUUCAAUAUUUCA